AUGAUAACCAUUUACAAGGAACACCUGAAAGGCAGCCACUACUUCAGCCGCGUAUUCGCUUACGUGCUCCUAAGCCUGCGUAAUAAGGAAAACUUCUUUAAAAAAAGAUCAGUCAAGGGAGACCCUUUGUUUACCAAUUGGGAAAAAGCGCCUUACCUGAACAAGAGGACAGUAAGUGACAGUAGGGACUGUAGGAACAGUAGGAAGAAGAAAAAAAGAAACCUUGUCAUCCAUUUUCCAACGAGCCAAAUCAGUUACUUUUACUUUCAUUACUUUGUGUAUAUAUUGUUGCCAAAACUGACAUGCCUGUCUGACUGCGAAAAAAAAAACAUUCUGGAAAACGUCUAUUUGGUAGAUCGCAGGAACACUGAUGAAAACGUGAAGGAACAUAUCUACAACAGAAUUAAGCAAGGGGUAAGUAACAUUAUUUUUUCCGACCAUGUCCUAGCCAAGGAGAAAUAUGAUUACACGCAUACAUUGGGGUUAUUUUUAGAAAAUACCUUCUUCAUGGAUAUAUUUGAAAAUGCAAAGGUGAGAAAGGUAAGGCGCCAACAUGCGCACUCUUUUAAGAGCAUAAACAAGUGGUCCCUUUGGAGCAACAAAAAAAUGAACAAGCUUUACUCAGACCUAAGUAAUAACCAGUUUGCAUGUAGAAGCUUCUUGUAUUGGACAUACUUUUGGAGGAGUCGUCACCCCAGUAAGUACAGUGUAGUGAACAUAGUGAAGAGAAAUACAAACUUGAGUGCUUUCGAAAAAUGCAACGAGGUAAUUCAAGACAUUAACAAUAAUGUGCACUGGAUUAACCAUCACUCUUUUUAUAAAUUUUACGAAAAAGCAUAUGUUAGUUUUGUAAAUCAUCGUAUGAGUCUUUUGGAGAGUUUUGUUGAAAUGAUAAUAAGGAAGAAGAGGGAAACUCCACACGGAAAUGUGAAACGACAAAAAAGAAGAAAAAAAAACCUCGCAUAUAUAUUCUUUAAACAUAAGGAUUUUAUUCUAAAUAUUCGUUUAUUUUCCGACUUCGUUUGUAAGAAAGCUAUUUACAUGGACUUUGACCAUGCCGCUAAUUUGUAUGUGAAGUAUUUACAGCUGUUAGAAAGGGUCAGAUGUUUUUCAGGUUGUCCAGGGGAAGGAGAUAUAGCGGCACAUGGGCAUGACAAUAAUGCGAAAAAAUCGAACAAAACGAAAAAAAAAAACCUUCUUCGGGAAAUGAAAAAAAGUUUGAACCUGCAUGUGUGGAGUAGGAACGAAAAGGAGAGCUUCUACUCUGAUUUGAUCAAAAUGAAGUUUCGUAAGUUUUACAAUUAG